AUGACAUGGUGGUCGAUAUUAGCAGCUUGUUUGGCUGCUAAUACGGGUCGGAACUGGGACUGUUUACAGAGACGGAAGUGUUCCAACAGGUGCGUGAAAAGCAGGCAUGAAGGGUCUGUCAAAGCAGGUGGCUUUGGAUUCAGUUCGUUUGGCGGAUUUAAAGAAAACGGUGAAGCAUGUGGCUUUGUUUUCUUAGUCGAUGGAGAUGCCUCUUUGAAGAAAGCAGUUUCUUGGACUCUGGUGAUUAAAAAAAAAGGUGUAAAUUCAUGGAAUCUCCACAAUCUGUUCCCUGAAUUCACAUCAAAAAAACCCGACCCAUCCCUUGGUGUUCUCGAUAUCUACGUUCAUCAAGCUAGAGACAUUCAAAACAUCUGUAUAUACCACAAACAAGAUGUUUAUGCCAAAAUUACCCUCACCACCAACCCCGAAAAAUCCGUCACCACAAACACGAUAAAUGGAGGUGGACAAAAUCCCGUUUUCAACGAAAAGGUUUCAAUCGAUGUCCCCACUCUCGACACUUCAAUCAAAUGUGAAAUAUAUAUGUUAAGCAGAGUCCGGAAUUACCUCGAAGAUCAAUUGCUAGGUUUCACUGUAAUCCCACUUUCCGAUGUUAUCUUCAAGAAAGUUGAGAAGGAGUUCUCGUUAUCAACAAAUGAUAUUUUCCACUCGCCUUCCGGUUUCGUUCAGCUCUCUUUGUCAUACAACGGAGUGUCACCGGAUGUGAUUGCGAUUCCGGUUCCGAUUCCGUCAUGUCCGGAUUCCGACACGCUGGUUUCCGAUUUGGAUAAACUCGAGUUCCCGGAUCCGAAAAUUGCGAAUGAAAAUGAGAUGAUGGUGUCGGAAUAUAUUGGGCUUAGUUCAGAGAGCUUAGUCUCGUCUGAUACAGACGAUCAGACGAGUUCGGAAAACGGUGCAUCGUUUGGGUUCGAUCAUGGGAUCGAACCCAAACCUGAGUCACCUCCAACAAGUGUCUCGACUAAUGGGUCUCAAUGUGAUUCCGUUCCUUUUGUUGCCGAUAAACUUGAAUCCGGAAAUCAAGAAUCGGAAUCGGAAUCGUCUCUGAAAGAUGACCCGGUUAAAGAUGGGUCGGCUGGUGACGUGGCAAACAAGCCUGUGGGUGUGGUGAAUCUUGAGAUGGAUCAAAAAGUGGUGCAACAAGAUUUUGUGGAUUUGUACAUGAAGAGUAUGCAGCAGUUUACGGAGUCGUUGGCGAAGAUGAAGCUGCCAUUGGACAUGGAGAACGAGAAGACGAGUUCGGGGGACUCGAGCUCGGAUCAAAACUCGGGAACACCAAAUGGGACCCGCCCACGAGUUUUUUAUGGGAGUCGGGCGUUCUUUUGA